AUGACUUCAUACUGUUUUUUGGAUCAAUUUCCUGUCGAAAUACUACAUAUUGUAUUUAAUUAUAUAUCUGUUUUUGAACUUUAUUAUAAUUUAUAUAAUGUAAGUGAUUAUAUUAAUACUGUUCUACUCAAUUACCCUAUCAGUUUAAUUAAUUUAAAAUCAUCUGUUCAAUAUCAUGUUGAUUUUAUUUGUCAUUAUAUAAAACCUGAUCAAAUUAUUUCACUUACACUUUUUGAUAAUAUUGAUAAUAAUGGUCAAUCAGAACUUUUCUUUUCUCAUUUUCAUAUUGAACAAUUUAUUCAACUUCAAUCAUUAACUUUAAUUAAUAUUGAAAAUAAUUUAUUAAAAUUUCUAUUACCAAAUUUAAAUAAACUUAAAUAUUUACGUUCAUUUUCAUUUGAUACUACAGACUAUUAUCGAAUGAUUAAUAAAGAUUAUAGAUUACAAUUUACACAACUUAAAUCAAUUCUAUUGAAUACUUGUACAAAUUUAUUAUCACAAUUAAAUCAAUUAAUUUUAUUUGAUGUUCAAGAAAUGACAUUAAAAUCAUUGUCUCAUCUUCAGCGUUUGAAAAUUUCAGAAUGUUCAACAACAGAAUUACAAAAGAUCUGUUCUGAAAUGUCACAAUUGAAAUCAUUCGAUGUUUGUUUACAAGGUGAUCCAAUAUAUAUUCAAGUUCUUUCUUCUUUAUCAAAAUUAACUCGACUUAUUUUGAAAAUUGAUGUCUUUAAAAAUAAAUUUAUAUCAAUGGAUUUCAUUGAACAAUUUCUACCAAAUUUAUUUCAAUUAAAACAUUUCGAAUUUCAAACUGAUAAUGGUGAUCAUUUUGAUGAUGGAAAACGAUGGGAAAAAUUAACUAAAUCUUUUAUUACAUUUAAUUUUAAAUUCAAAAUAAAAUAUUUAUUUAAAGGUUUAGAUUCAUUUCGUACAUCAUUUUGGCUUGAAGAAAAACAUUGGUGUGUCAUUUAUCAUAAUGAAGAUUUAUAUACUAUUCCUCGUUUUGCUCCAGUAAAAUGUUAUAUUAGUAAUCUAUUAUUUAUCAAUUCAAACACACCGAAUUAUACUAUUUUCUAUGAACGUAUAACUAAAUUGAUAGUAUCAACAGAGUUCUUUAAUGAAAAUCAUUAUUUUCCUAAUGUAAAAACUUUAAAAAUGAAUUGUUUGGUUUCAAUUGAAAGACUUUCCAAUAUAAUUAAUCUAAAUAAAGUAAAACAUUUAAUUUUAUCAUCAGAAAGUAGUAUAUCAAUGUUUUUAUUGGCACUAUCUGUAAUGCCUCAUCUCAAUGAAUUAACAAUUAGAGGAUAUUUAGUACCAAUUUUAAUUAAAGAAUUACAAGAUAAUAUUAUCAAACAAAUACGAAUUCUUAAUUUACAUUUUUGUUAUUUUGAAAAAGAAUCUAUUACUAAAAUUUUAUGUUAUCAUUUUCCUUAUAUUCAAUAUUUAAAUAUAUCACUUAUUAAUUCAAUAAAAGAUAUUAUUUUUUUUAUUCAACAAUUAAAAUAUUUAUUAAAUGCAUCAUUUGGUAUGAAUUCAUUAUUUAAAAAAGAUAAAGAUAAAAAUUGUCAAGAAUUACAAAUGGCUAUUGAUAAAAAAUAUACAUGUCAAAUUGUUCAUAUAACAAAUCAAAAUGCAUUAUCAUUUGUUCAUAUAUGGGAUAAUGAAUAUCAAACUUUAUCUUCAUUCCUUGCAACACUAUUAUGA